UCACAUCCGGUCUACUUGACUUGUCAAAUAAACCAUCGCCAAGUCCCCGAACUAGACACCUAGGGAAGGGCUGCACGACAGUAGCUGUAGUGUUGCCUGAAAGACUGGCGGUUGGCGAUGUGUCGUGUGUUCGCUGUGUUUUGGGGUCUCUUUGCAGUUUGGGACAAUGCUGCCGCUGGUAGGGGUGCAGCUUCCUCGUUGACUGAUGACAUCCCAUUCAAGAUUCACUGGCCAGGAGAUCAAUUCACUUUGCCCACAUCUGGGAUCCUCUAUAAAGAAGAUGACUUUGUUAUUAUGACAACAGCUGAUAAAGAAAAAUAUAAGUGUAUGCUUCCAUCACUGGCCAGUGGAGAUGAAAAUGAAGAUAAGGUGUACAGUGGCCCAAGUCCUGCUAAUCUCUUAAACCCUCUUUUUAAGCAAAGCAGUUGUUCAUACAGAAUAGAAUCUUAUUGGACCUAUGAAGUUUGCCAUGGGAGGCAUGUACGGCAGUAUCAUGAAGAAAAAGAGACCGGGCAGAAAAUAAAUAUUCAGGAAUAUUAUUUAGGAAACAUGAAGAAACAAUCUGAAAAACCUGGAGUGGAGUCAGAACAAAAAGAAGAAGAUAAAGAUCCAGAAAAUUCCCAAGAGUAUGAAAAAGUGGCAAGUGGGAUUAUUCCACACAAAAAUAUUGAAGGUCAGCUAACUCCAUAUUAUCCAGUUGAAAUGCGGAAUGGAACACCAUGCAUUCUGAAACAGAAUCAGCCAAGAUCUACCACAGUCAUGUAUGUUUGUCACCCUGAUGCUAAACAUGAGAUCCUUUCAAUUGCUGAAGUAACAACUUGUGAAUAUGAGGUGGUUGUGCUUACCCCACUAUUGUGUAAUCAUCCUAAAUACAGAUUUCAAUCAUCUCCAGUAAAUGAUAUCUUUUGCAAGUCAAUGCAAGGUUCCCCACUACAACCACAGAGUUUGACACGGUUAAAUCAAGAGCAGGAAGAGCUGUUGAAGCCAUUGUUUGGGUUUAGCAAAGAGAGAGAGGAGGAUGUGACUGCAUUUAGGGAAGAAAGAUUUACCAGUCACAAACCUAUCAGUGUUGGGAGUCAGCAGCAAGUAACUGUUGGGACAACUCAUAUCUCCAAGUUGACUGAUGAGCAACUGAUCAAAGAGUUUCUCAGUGGUUCUUAUUGUCUUCAUGGGGGUGUAGGAUGGUGGAAGUAUGAAUUCUGUUAUGGAAAAUAUGUUCAUCAGUAUCAUGAGGAUAAAGAAAUCGGAAAAACCAUUGUGGUUGUAGGGACUUGGAAUAAAGAAGAACAUAAUUCAUGGGCCAAAAAAAACAUUGCUAGAUCGUAUCAGUUAAAGGAGGAUGGUUUACAAAAAGUAAAAGUUGUGUCACAUUUCUAUGGGCAUGGAGAUGUCUGUGACCUGACAGGAAAAUCCAGACAAGUUAUUGUAAAGUUAAAGUGCAAAGAGUCAGAAUCCCCGCAUGCCGUUACCAUCUACAUGCUUGAGCCUCAGACCUGCCAGUACAUUCUUGGAGUGGAAUCUCCAGUUAUAUGUAAGAUAUUAGACACUGCAGAUGAAAUUGGAAUUCUGUCUGUACCCAGUUAAAUUAUUUAUUAAGUGUUCGAAAUCUUGUCUAUUAAACUGAACAGAAUUUUUAUUGGAUCCCAUGCCUUAAAUCUCUCAAUAUGUUUUAAAACACUGCAGGAUUUAAAAUAAGAGAUAUGCACUCAAAUGUUUAUUCUUUGUAUAUAAUGUCAUGUAAAUAAAUGGAUUUUUUAUUCAACAAAA